CGCAACGAAUUCCUCGUUAGAAAUUACUAAGGAAAAGUGAAAGGAAAAGAGGUUUUGCCCAUUUAAUUAAUCGUGUUAAGUGGUAGCUGUGUCAUAACCUCUUGUCAGCGCAGGGAAAUUAAUAACGAAAAAUGUCACAUUUACAGUAUCUCAAUUUCAGGGUGGAGUGCCAGCUUAUCAAACAGCUUUAUGUUAAGAGAAACCGUGCUCAAAGGCCAUUGAGCAUGCCUCUUUACAAACUCAAAGUUUGGAUAGAAGAUUCAAAGUUUGCACUCCGCACUGAUGCUGCUAUUGUUAUUCAGCGAAACUGGCGAGGGUACAAAGCUCGUGUCUACUUCGCUCAUUACUUUUGGACGAGAUAUUAUGAAAAAUGUAUAAAUCAUUAUGAAAAAAUGGCUACUAAGAUUCAGAAGGUAUGGAAAGGAUAUUACAGUCGGAAAUACAUUCUAAAUUUCUACAAGCGUAAGGAUCAACUGAAGUUGAUUAUUGAAAAGAAUUCUUACUAUCUUACACACAUUACUGAAUUUGUAAAGAAAAAGAGUGAUAUUGAGAAAGAAAUUCUCAUGAAUUAUAAAAAAGAAGUCCAGAAAACUCAAGCUUAUAAGAAACAUCAUCUAAUAAGUACAGCAGUCAUUCCUGGUGUUUAUAAUUCACCAUUCGGUCAGAACCAUGAAGCUGAGAAUUUCCUGAAAUCUUUGUGCUUCACUGGAAAAAAACCUAGGAAAAAGCCACCAGAUAUUACCCAUGAGGGAUAUGAACAAUUAGUCUCGGAAAAAUCAGCUGGUCUUCAGAAGCCUCAGGGGCCAUUCCUAAAUCCCGAACAAGUGAUGCGAAAGCGCUAUAAGCCUUUAAAUCCCAAUCUACAAACUGAAACAGAUGUUGACCAUCUGGUUAAAGCUUGGAAUAAGUUUAAGACAGAAUUAUCUCAGAAACAUUAUGGAAAUUUUUGCUUACCAAGCAAGGUUGAUGAACCAAAGUAUGAACCACGUAUCUGUAAUGAUACCCCCUAUAAACUCCCUGUGUAUGGAAGACUGAACUUCAGGGAAUACAAAUCCUGUUUGUCCACAGGAAAGAAGGAUUUCAAAAAAAUAUUGCCACCAGUUUCUGUUGUUGAUAAAUGUAAACAAGAAGCUGGGUGAUGAAUGGAGCCAAACAGAUGAUACCCUCACUGCUGACAAUUCCUUCCUGAUUAUUCAAGAACAUGCUAAUUUUUAAAAAAUAUAUAUAUAUAUAUAUUUAUAUUACAACCAUAUU